CUUGUUUUUGGGGCUUCAGUGUUCCUGCAGUUUGGACUUUGUGGAGCUCUGUCAGCGUCUCCAGCUGCUGUGAAAACUCUCCCAUCAGAGCGCUGACUGCCAGAGCUUCUGCAACACUGCCGCCUGCUGCUGACUGGCAGCUCUGCAGCUCACACUGGGUUUCUGCUCUCACGUCACACUGACGUUUCUGGAUUUGGAUUUGAAAGUAUGAGGAUGUGACGGCUGUCGGUCAGAUGAACACAGACACCAGCAGCGUCUGUCAGCGUCUGCAGACGAAGAUAGAAAGUCUCUUUGACCUCAUCUGGACGUGACUUUAACAGUGUCAGUGGAUGUCAGUGAUGUUGGAGAGACUUCAGAGAACAGAGGACCGUCCUCCUCUCAGAGUGAAGUGUUCCUGCAGUUUGGACUUUGUGGAGCUCUGUCAGCGUCUCCAGCUGCUGUGAAAACUCUCCCAUCAGAGCGCUGACUGCCAGAGCUUCUGCAACACUGCCGCCUGCUGCUGACUGGCAGCUCUGCAGCUCACACUGGGUUUCUGCUCUCACGUCACACUGACGUUUCUGGAUUUGGAUUUGAAAGUAUGAGGAUGUGACGGCUGUCGGUCAGAUGAACACAGACACCAGCAGCGUCUGUCGGCGUCUGCAGACGAAGAUAGAAAGUCUCUUUGACCUCAUCUGGACGUGACUUUAACAGGAAGCCACGAUGACGCCAGAGGACCUUUUGAACACUCUGGAGACUUUAAAGAAGGAGGAAUUCACAAAGUUCAAAUGGUAUCUGCAGCAGCCGGACAUCCUGGAAGGCUACCAACCCAUCAAAGUGUCUGAGCUGGAGGAGGCAGACAGGUUGAAAACAGUGAAUCUGAUGUUGAACACCUAUAAACUUCAUGGAGCUCUGAAGGUGACCAAGAAGGUUUUAGAGAAGAUACCCAGGAACGAUCUGGUGCAGAGUCUGUCAGACACCAGCUCAGGACCAGAAGUGUCAGUGGAUGUCAGUGAUGUUGGAGAGACUUCAGAGAACAGAGGACCGUCCUCCUCUCAGAGUGAAGGUAAAGCUGCUGUAUUCUCUGAUGUGAUUGUUCCAGUACCAGAGCCACAACCCAUCUCAUAUUACAAACACUUGCUUCAAUCAAACCUCCAGAAUAAGUUUAUAUGUGCACAAGAGGGGUGGGCACAAAAGAAGGAUGAGCAACGUCUGGAUGAUAUCUACACAGAGCUUUACAUCACAGCUGGGGGUGACAUACACAUUAACACACAGCAUGAGGUCAGGCAGAUUGAGGCAGCGGUGGUGAAGCCAGCAGGAAUAGAGAAACCAAUUAAACCUAGUGACAUGUUCAAACACCCCUGUGGAAGAUAUAAACCCAUAAGAACAGUGCUGACCAAUGGGAUCGCAGGAAUUGGCAAAACAUUUCUUGUGUGCAAGUUUGUGUUGGACUUAGCUGAAGGAAGAGCCAAUCAAGAUGUGCAUCUUGUAUUCCCCUUCACCUUCCGCCAGCUGAAUUUAUGGAAGGGAGAAAAGUUUAAUUUGGCAGAGCUCAUUCAUGAAUGUCUCAGGGAGACCAGAGACAUCAAGGAAGAAGCUCUUAAUCACAUCUUUACAACUCUGCAGUCAUCCGGAAACACAAACUAUGACAGAAGUAAAUUCAAACUUCUGUUUGUUUUGGAUGGACUUGACGAGAGCCGACUUCAUCUGGACUGCUCUACCAAUAAAAACCAGGACGCAGACUUUGAUGUGACAGAGUCAACCUCAGUGGAUGUGCUGCUGACAAACCUCAUCAGGGGGAAACUGCUUCCCUCUGCUCGCCUCUGGAUAACCACACGACCUGCAGCAGCCAAUCGGAUCCAUUCUGAUUUUGUCGACAUGGUGACAGAGGUCAGAGGGUUCACUGACCCACAGAAGGAGGAGUACUUCAGGAAGAGAUUCACAGAUGAGGAGCAGGCCAGCAGAAUCAUCUCCCACAUCAAGACAUCACGAAGCCUCCACAUCAUGUGCCACAUCCCAGUCUUCUGCUGGAUCACUGCUACAGUUCUGGAGGAUGUGUUGAAGACCAGAGAGGGAGGAGAGCUGCCCAAGACCCUGACUGAAAUGUAUGCAGAAUUCUUGAGGUUUCAGAUAGAUCAGACAAAACAGAGGAAUAACCAAAAAAAGUGCAUUCAGUACAUUAAGUCAUUAGCAAAACUAGCUUUCCACCAGCUGGAAAAGGGCAACCUGAUCUUCUAUGAGAAAGAACUAAAAGAGAGCGGCAUUGAUGUCAGUGGAGCCUCGGUGUACUCAGGAGUGUUCACAGAGGUCUUUAAAGAGGAGCGUGGAAGGAAGAAUGAUGAAGAAAAGAUGUUUAGCUUUGUCCAUCUGAGUGUUCAGGAGUUUCUGGCUGCUUUGUAUGUAGAGAGGGCACUCGUUAAGAAAAACAAGAAUGUGAUGUCUGAGCAAGAGCAAACUUUUGGUAAAUAUGUGCAAAUGGUUAUCAGAAAACCAUCUAUGACAGAUGUCCACAGGUUUGCUAUUGACAAGGCCUUACAGAGUCCAAAUGGGCACCUGGACUUGUUCCUCCGCUUCCUCCUGGGUCUUUCUCUGCAGACCAAUCAGACUCUCCUACGAGGCCUGCUGAAAAACAAAAGAAGCUCAGAGACCAAUCAGGAAACAGUCGAGUACAUCAAGAAGAAGAUCAGUAAGAAUCUGUCGGCAGAGAGAAACAUCAAUCUGUUCCACUGUCUGAAUGAACUGAAUGAUCUUUCUCUAGUAGAGGAGAUCCAACACUACUUGAGUUCAGGAAGUCUCUCCACAGAUAAACUGUCUCCUGCUCAGUGGUCAGCUCUGGUCUUCAUCUUACUGUCAUCAGAAAAAGAUCUGGACAUGUUUGACCUGAAGAAAUACUCUCCUUCAGAGGAGGCUCUUCUGAGACUGCUGCCAGUGGUCAAAGCCUCCAACAAAGCUCUGCUGAAUGGCUGUAAUCUGUCACAGAGAAGCUGUGAAGCUCUGUCCUCAGUUCUCAGCUCUCAGUCCUCUAGUCUGAGAGAGUUGGACCUGAGUAACAACGACCUCCAGGAUUCAGGAGUGAAACUACUCUCUGCUGGACUGCAGAGUCCACACUGUACACUGGAGACUCUCAGGUUGCAUCAAACUAGGUUCACAAAGAAAUGCUGUCAGGAGUUCUCCUCAGUUCUCAGCUCCCAGUCCUCUAGUCUGAGAGAGCUGGACCUAAGUAACAACGACCUGCAGGAUUCAGGAUUGAAGCUGCUCUCUGCUGGACUGGAGAGUCCACAUUGUAUACUGGAAAUUCUCUGGUUGAAUCAAACCAGCCUCACAGAGAAAUUCUGUGAGGAGUUCUCAUUAGUUCUCAGCUCCCAGUCCUCUAGUCUGAGAAAGCUGGACCUGAGUAACAACGACCUACAGGACUCAGGAGUGAAGCUGCUCUCUGUUGGACUGGAGAGUCCACACUGUACACUGGAGUCUCUCAGGUUGCAUCAAACUAGUCUCACAAAGAAAUGCUGUCAGGAGUUCUCCGCAGUUCUCAGCUCCCAGUCCUCUAGUCUGAGAGAGCUGGACCUGAGUAACAACGACCUGCAGGAUUCAGGAGUGAAGCUGCUCUCUGCUGGACUGCAGAGUCCACACUGUAAACUGGAGACUCUCAGGUUAAGUCAAACCAGGCUCACAGAAAAAUGCUGCCAGGAGUUCUCUGCAGUUCUCAGCUCCCAGUCCUCUAGUCUGAGAGAGCUGGAUCUGAGUAACAACGACCUGCAGGAUUCAGGACUGAAGCAGCUCUCUGCUGGACUGGAGAGCCCACAUUGUAUACUGGAGACUCUCAGGCUGUCAGGCUGUCUGAUCACAGAGGAAGGCUGUACUUCUCUGGCCUCAGCUCUGAGAUCCAACCCCUCCCAUCUGAGAGAGCUGGACCUGAGCUACAAUCAUCCAGGAGACUCAGGAGUGAAGCUGCUGUCUGCUGGACUGGAGGAUCCACACUGGAGACUGGACACUCUCAGGUUGGAACAUGGUGGAGAGCAGAGGCUGAAACCUGGUCUGAGGAAGUAUGCCUGUGAACUCACACUGGACACAAACACAGUAAACAGAAACCUCAAACUGUCUGACGACAACAGGAAGGUGACAGUAGUGACAGAGAAGCUGCCAUAUCCUGAUCAUCCAGAGAGGUUUGACCACUGGCCUCAGCUGCUGUGUAGAAAUGGUCUGACUGGUCGCUGUUACUGCGAGGUCGAGUGGAGAGGAAGGGCUCAUAUAUCAGUGAGUUACAGAGGAAUCAGAAGGACAGGAGACAGUGAUGACUGCUGCUUUGGGCGGAAUAAUCAGUCCUGGAAUCUGAGGUGCUCUGAUGAUGAUGGUUACUCUGUCUGGCACAAUAACAGAAGAACAGUCCUCUCCUCCUCCUCCUCCUCAUCCUCCUUGUCCUCCUCCUCCUCCUCCUUCUUCUUCUUCUUCUCCUCCUCCUCCUCCUCCUCCUCCAUCUCUAACAGAGUAGCAGUGUAUGUGGACUGUCCUGCUGGCACUCUGUCCUUCUACAGAGUCUCCUCUGACACACUGAUCCACCUCCACACCUUCAACACCACAUUCACUGAACCUCUUUAUCCUGGCUUUGGUUUCUGGUUUGGGUUUGAUUCCUCAGUGUCUCUGUGUUCACUGUAGGAGGGAGAGUCUCCUGUGCAGAGAAAUACUCACACUGCUGACAAACACACCAUCUUUCUGUAAGUCAUACUAACUCAUAAUCAUAACAGGAACAUCUCCUCUUUUUCGUUAAAUGCGCUGCAUGUCUGUGAUUUGAAAUACCUCGAAACACCUUUUAAAUGUUUUCAUUCAGAUUUGUGGGGUAAAGGUAUAAAGAUGUUAGUUUUAGGUUUUCUUUGCUUUUCUUUCACACAAAUAAGUACAGUAUCUAUUAUCAAUAAAAUCAGGUCCCGAUCCACGCACACAUAAAAAUGUAAAAAUAUGAAUGUUUUUUUCAGACAAAUGUACCAAUCAUUUUACUUUGUAGAAAUAUGAUUCCACAGUUUUUGUAAAUAGGAUGAGUUAUUAUUAUUAUUAAUGUUGAUCAUUAAAGGUUGAAAUGUU